AAGGAAUGCAGUAAGCUAGUGAGCUAGCAAGAUACGAUACGAUUCUCGACUCUCACUGUCACAGCGACGAAAACUUUUACAGGCAGAACACGAUGGCCCUACCGGUCCAGUAAUAGCAGGUGUCGGCACAAUCCUCCUCUCCUGUCAUCAAAGAUGAACCUAGAUGAGAAGCUGGACGGGAUGUUGUUGAAGUGCAGUGGGCCAGCGGCUCUCCACCACCACCACCACCUCCACCACUCCUCCAGGGCUCUGGGGAGCUCGGGGGUGGUGGGCAGUGGUGGUCUGGAUGACAUGCCCAUGGGCGAGCGGGCGCUGGCCAACCACCCCUUACUGGCAGAGGAGGACGAGGAUGAGGACGAGGAUCUAGCCGGGGCGACCCUGAGCGCCCAGCACCUGAUGUCUCAAGACGACCUGAUGGUCCACGAGGAGACCGUGAAGAACAACGACGGAGAAGGGGAGCACCACGACUUCUCCCAGCGGCCGCCACCUAAACUGCCAUACGCUCUGCACAUGCCUUUGAGUAUCAAGCAGGAGAUGAAGCUGACUGAUUCCCUGCUGCUGACGACGAAGAAGGAGAAGAAGCAGGGGAAGGAGCUGUCCGACUGUCACAAGAAGAAGAAGAGGAAGCAGCGAUCCCCUGCCAAGAUCCUGACCAUUAAUGAGGAUGGAUCGCUAGGGCUGCAAAGUCCGAAGUCCCACGUGUGUGAGCACUGCAACGCAGCUUUCAGGACCAACUACCAUCUGCAGAGACACGUCUUUAUACACACAGGAGAGAAGCCCUUUCAGUGUGCUCAGUGCGACAUGCGCUUCAUUCAGAAGUAUUUACUUCAAAGGCACGAGAAGAUCCAUACAGGGGAGAAACCAUUUCGAUGUGAGGAGUGUGGGAUGAGAUUUAUCCAGAAGUAUCACAUGGAGAGGCACAAGAGAACGCACAGCGGGGAAAAGCCCUAUCAGUGCGAUUACUGCCAUCAGUACUUCUCUCGUACGGACCGCGUGCUGAAGCAUCGGCGGAUGUGCCACGAGAACAAGGAGCGCAAAGCACAAAAAGCCGCCGCGAAAGAGGCCCUCCUGCGCACCUCCACCGAGACGGUCAGCUUCUCCUUCCCGGCGAAAGAGUGCUCGCUACCAAAGAAGAAGCGUCAGAAGUCCUGCGAGAAGUCCUCUCUCGCCUCUGCCAUAGUGCUCACGGACAAAGACCUCGUCGGCGUGACCGCGGAGGACAAGGCGGACAAGAGACUUGCCAAGAGCGAGAGCCUGCCCUUGUACGCCGUGACGUCCAAGGUUAAAGACGAGUACGUGGUGGCAGAGUACUCGGUGGAGCUCCCCGAUUCCUCACCUGAAAACGGGCAACUGGGAGACUGUGUGUCCCCCGAGGAAAUCAGUCCUCCAAAGCUGCUUCUCAAGAAGGUUCCAAGCAAGAGGAACCUCAAGCAGACUCUGGAGCAGCCUCCUCCGCAGAGCCUGUCGCCUCUGUCGACGUUUGAGGAAGGCAAAGUCACCAGGUACACUUUUGAGCUCGUGGACAAGCAGAGCCUGUUGGACGUGGAGCACCUGGAGUCAGUUGACCCGCUUCACGUCACCCAACCCAAACCAGCAACGAGCAGCACAAACUACGACGACGCGAUGCAGUUCCUGAAGAAGAAGCGGUACCUGGCUGCCACCGCCACCACCUCCACCACCAACACCAACAACAUCAACAGCGGCAGCAGCCGCGACUACGCUCUCAACGUCGGCAGCAUCUCCUCCCAGCCCUCCGUCACUCAAGCCGCCGUGGCCAGCGUCAUCGACGAGACGGUGCCAGCCACCAUCCUGGAACCGCAGCCCAUGCCCAUGGCCAUGGCCGCCGUGGUGGACCUCGUGAAGCCCAACCACCACCACGAGAAGAACAGCGUGCUCCCGGACGAGGUCCUGCAGACCCUGCUGGAUCACUACUCCUCCACCAAGGCCAAUGGGCAGCCGGAGAUCUCCUUCAGCGUGGCCGACACCGAGGUCACCUCCAGCAUAUCCAUCAACUCCUCCGACGUGUCCGAGAGCAGCCCGCCGGGGGACGUGCUGGGGAGCGGCGGCGGCGGGGGCAGUAGUAGCGCGCAGCACCAGGCCCCCACGGCGGAGAAGUCCAGCCUGCUGCAGGAGUACUCCAAGUUCCUGCAGCAGGCCCUGGAGCGGACCAGUCAGAACGACAGCUAUCUCAGCAGCCAGAGUCUUACCUUUGUGACGGACAGCCCGAGCUUGGCAGGGCAGCCGCUGUUCUCCACGGACAAACAGCUGGCCUCGCCCAGCCGAUUCCGCUCGGCCCUGAACUCCUCUCCUCUAAGGUCCUCCUCCAUGGAGAAGCCUCAUUUCGCUCUCCUGGGAGACUCUCAGCACUCGUUCUCUUUCUCCGGGGACGACACCAAUCAGUCGGACGCCUCCCCCACCGAAGACUUUCUGGAGCAGGUCACUUCUGCUUCUUCUUCCUCGUCGUUGAAAAAGACAGACGCCGGCCAGGGGAUCGGUCAGACGUUUCAGAUUGCCACGUUCGAGCCCAGUUUCUCCCGCUCGCAGUUCUCCAGCUCCCGCUCCGGGAUCUCCUCCUCCUCCCAAUUCAGCAUUGCCAACGGCCAGGUCAGCCUCCGUGGAGGAGGCGCAGACAUCUGGAGCACACUUCCACUGGAUAGUGUCACAGAGACGCGAACACAGGUCACCUCUUCCCCCGAUCAUUCAAGCAGCCAGACGUUUGGCUGAUUGGAAAACAAAACAAAACAAACAAACAGAAAAAAUCGGUGUAUGUGUGUGCGUAAUGUAAUACAUACGCAUGUGAGGCAUACACGCCAUUUUCAGUGGUUUUGCAAGGCACUUUAUAACAUAUAUUCAUUUAUUGUAUUUUUUUGCCAAUGUAUACAUCAUUUUUUAGAUGUUAAUCUUUAUCAUUGUUUCAAUAUAAUUGAACAUGACAACUGAGUCCUAUACUGACAGUGCUAGAAACAGUACUUACAGAUUUACUUUUCCAUUGAAUCAUUUUUUGAGCACUUUUGAAGUAACAUAUUAAUACGUAAUGAUGGAAAAUAGUCAAAAAGUAAGGGGAAGCCAAAUGACUUAAGUUUUGUUUAUCCAAGCAAGCAGUGCCUCAAUCCUUCCCUUUCCUCAUUUGAAGAUGAUAUACCUAUCUAUGAUAUGUAGGUAUCAAAUUUGUGCUGAUGCCGGUGACACCAGUACUAUAAGUGUGUAGGGUAAGCACUGAUUUUUAAGACUGUUGUGAAAAUAUGCCUGAAACUAAGAAGAGACUGUGUGUAAGGAACACCAAGCCAGCAGUGGCAUUAGCAAAGACUACUGUUUUUUUAGACAGUAAGAUUUAGUUAAAGGUGCACUGUGUAAUGUUUUUAGUAGGUUUCUUUUCCAGAAUUCAUGAUGCUCAUUCACAAAUGCUUUCACCAAUACUUGACACCACCAUCAAUUCUAAGUAUUCAUUAUGACUGGAAAAAUUGCACUUUUCAUAUAUGAAAAGGUGGAUCUUCUCCAUGUCUGCCUUUUGAAUGUCCAGAAAUAUACAUUUCUAGCUGUAAAACACACCAUUCUUUGGUCACACUUGUAAAUACAGUAUCAGUAAAUAUUCAUGAAAAGAUCAAAUUUGGCAAUAGGCAGCACCGUUUCAAUGAGCAGCUUAGUUGCAAUACCUACUCUGGCCACCAUCCUGCACCGUGCACCUUUAAGGACACACAACCGCCCGCACACACUGAAUGCAUUUCAGACCAUUUAACCCCCGGAGAUGAAGGCUAUAGGGACUGACCUACACAAUCUGCUUUGUCAAUAAAACUGUCCAGGCACUUAACAUUGAACAAGCUCCUUAUCCAAUCAGACAUUUUAGUUCUAUAGCUGGAAUAAUCAAGUUAAUUAAUGAAUGUUGCUAGCGCUCAGCUUGUGUAGGGUAACCUUUUGCUCUGUCAUCGCUUCUUAACAUGCUCUUUUUUUUGCGUAUAGCAGAAUAUUAAUAUGAACUUCAACUAACAAUUAUAAGCCAAGUAUAAAUGGUAAUUUUUUUGAAUGGGCCCUUGAAUGAAUUGUGGACACAUUUUGAAAAGUUGGGGAUGUGUCAAUCUGUCAGUCUUAACAUCAAAGGAAAUCAAGUUUUUAAUUCACCUUUUGUGACUUAUUUUUGUUUUGCUCUUUUUGUACAGUGAGAUUUAAUUAACACCUGAGAAAUGAUCAGUCCUCAGCAGUUUCAGGUAACACUUAAAACUACUUUCAAUGUUCAUGAGAUAUUUUGGAAAAUCUGGCUUGAGUUUCAUGGUACUUGUUCAGAUUUUUUCAAACCAACAUUUCACAUUGGUGUCCACUCUCCUAUUUCAUUUUUCUGUAAGAAGACAAUGUAAAUUUGUAUAUUGCUUGAUUGAAGACAAGGUUCUCUAAAACCUAUACAGACUAACUUCUUAUGUCUGGUUCAGAUGUGUCUUUAGAAGUACAUUGUCAGUUAUCUCAAGAUGUAUUAUGAGCUCAAACUGUGUGCAUGUUAAUUUAAUUGACAUUUUAAACACAAUUCUUUUCUUUAUUACUCUGUUUAUUGAGUUUUCUUAAAAGCUAAAUUUACCAAUCGCCCACAAGAUUUUGUUAAAAAACACGAGUUGAGGUACUCCAAAUUAUUUUUGCACAUUCAGUUGAAACUUGUCAGGCUGAAAGAUUGUUGCAUGCAAACAGUGUCUUACCUCUGCAAAAACGGGCACACAUGUAAAUACAGAUCAAUUUAAUCUUAUCAGGAAAAAAAGCUACAAGGGGAAAAUCAAAUGGUACUAUACCUCAAAGUAAUCUGGAGAAUGUUGGCGGGGGGAUGCAUAUUGUGGAUAGAAUCCAAAUGUUAUGAACUUUUGCACAUUUUCCACAAUAGGGAAUGUCCUCUGAAGAUUUUUUUUGUCAAAUAAUAACUUUAAUGUCUAUCCUACCUUACCUCCCUGGCGUUUUUAUAUACCUGGAACUUAAGAUGUGAUGUGUAGUGCACAGGUGUUGGUCUAACCGACUGUCAUUGUGACUUCAAAAUAUAUAUAUUGUCUUUAUUUUUGAUAAAUUCAUCAUGUGACAUUGCAUAGUCAAAAGAGAGAUGCCUUCAAGGUGAUCACUAGUCGACCAGUAUGUUUUUGGUCUUGAUUUUCUGGUUUCCUUCUCCCUUUGAAUGGUUCAAACGUGUCCACUUUUUGCACUCUGUAUUUGUGGUUGUAAAACAAAAGUUUAUUCAAGUUUCUUGAGGGUCUUUUUUAAUAGCCUGGUUGUCACACCCAGCCUCUGGAUCUGGUAUGCCUCCUAUGUUACCUAAAUUGAGACUACCAAGCCACUAGGGGCCUAUACUACAAAGCUAGUUCAGGAGUAACCAGGGUAAGUUAAGAGGUAGAUCACCUAAUAGAAGUCUGGAGUCCUUGUUUUUCUUAACAAAAUGAGGACUCUCCAUCUUCUAUUAGAUGAUUUACCUCUUACAGUAACUUCACUUGGUUUACUCCUGAACCAGCUUUGUAGUAUAGGUCGUAGACCACUGAUUUCUGUAACAUUUUCAGUAAUGUUGUUUUUUUACACUGUUGUCCAAUUUGUUGGGCAAAAGAACAUCUGAAAAUUAGGCAGCUUGGCCCGAGUGAUUUGAAAGGUGGAACCACUGACUUGUAUACUAUAACUGGACAGCGUAGUUCGAUAGAACUCCAUUCAACGGUUUUGAAGCAACCGCGACUGAUUUACUUCCGCCCCAAAAUCGUCCCAUGUCCCGCCCCCAGCCGUUGCUUCACAAUACAUCGAACGUACAGUGUCCAGUUAUAGUAUACAAGUCAGUGGGUGGAACUCUAUGCAGGCAGUGCUCCCUCCAUCACAGCCAGUGUGCUGCCCUACAAAGGCAAAGUGCAGUAACUAUGCCAACACCGAAACAGAGAAAAAUGGCUUCAAAGCAUCUGUAUUACAUUGGAUAUAGUUGUUGCUGCAAAUUUGACAUAGCAAUAUCUUGGACCGUAAGGCUUUCUCACACGACAAAGAAGGUGUAAUGAAAAGAUUUUUAGUUUAAACUCCAUUUUGUCAAAAUAUGUAGUUACUGCUCUUUGGCUUUGUAGGGCAAUAUGGCUGUGCCCAGGCUAGACUUAUAACACAGCUUAGUAGUUACAAUGUUUUUUUUAAAAGCACUUUUUCUCAGAUUGCCAUGUCUUGAGCUCAUUUCAUCUGAUGCACUUUUGUUGAUGUUUAUUACUCUGCUUUCAACUUCCACAAACAUGGUUAAGAUGGUCAUCAAUGAUAAACUGUAGGUCUGACCUGGGUCUCCUUUUUGUCUCGAUGCCUAGUGGCCUUCUAGUAGUUUAGGGGCUUACUCUCUCCACAACGCUUACAGUGGCUUACGUUUUAACAGCCAAUGGUUAUGAUAGUUGUUUAAUAGAUAAUUUACAUUACACUACAUAUUCCACAGAGUUUUGUUCACAUAUCAGGCUUGGUGACUGAUUUUUUUUUACCAGUGCAUGAACCCUUUCCCCUUUCUGAUAGUUUGUGUAGUCCUGUUGUGACUUUGUUUUUGGACGAUAAUAUGAUGUAUUGUGCACAUACAUGCCCAUAGUCCAAUCCUUUUGUAUUUACAUCACAUAGGCAGAGAUUUGAGCUGGGGCAAUUCCGGGCGAAAUGAAAUGCCACUUCCAUAACACUGACACGAUUUUUCUUGAGUGCUUCGAUGGUCAGCAUGACUUCAAAUACUACAAUCCAGUAUCAUAUAUUGCCUAAAUCAGCUCAUUCCUAUCGGCACCAUAUUUAGCCAAGGAGCUAGUUCUGAAAGACUGUAAUGCAUUGGUGGAACCAAGUUAUUUGAGGCGGGACGGCUGUGGCCUAAAGGCACCUGACCCUACAUUGCUCCAGGGACUGUAACCAAUGCCCUGUAAAUAACUAUAAGUCACAGAAUAUGGGAAAGACCACACCUUUAUUUGCUAGUGUGAGGUUACACCACAUUUGUAAAACAUGCUCAGGUGAGCCUUGCCGUUGGCAUGAUGCAGUAGGGUUAUGGCUGUGGCAAAUGUGUCAUUUGCAUGAAAUUGCAACUACAUGUCCUCUUGUUAACCUAAUGAUGUGGUGUCCUCUCUCCUGGUUUAAAACAAAACAAAUUGUAGAAUUUUUACAGUUGAUUUUCAUCAGACAGCCUCGGUUUGGUCAUAAGGGGAGAAUAGGCUUUCAUUUGAACGGAAGCCACUAGUCACACUUUGUGUUUUCAUUCCUUUUGAUUGAUGGUUUUGAUUGAAAGCUCGCCUCUACUGUAAAUAUAUUUUUGACUGUAUAGCCUUGUUUAGAGAACAGUAUUUUUUGGGGGAAAAAGUACAGAAUCAUUUUUCGAUCUUCAGUGUAUUUUUUUAAAUUGUAUUAACCUCUUCGAUUUUGUUCUCUGAAUAUGGUUGGCCGAGGUAAUGGGAUACUUAACUACUUGUUUUCAGUUGGCUGGCUGACCAUUGCAGAACUGUGGGGGAAGGCGGCUAGGGAUUUCAUUUUCAAUAAGGAGAAUUUUUUUUGUCACUCUUUGAGGAUGAGGAUUGGUUAUUGAUGACAUAAGUUGGAACUUUCUCGUGUAUUGUAUUAUGAAGUUCGGAUCCAUCUGCUGGUACUGCAUCACAGUAGGAAGCUGCAGAUGCUGGCUCCCACUUCCUCACCUUUUUUAUGAUCAAUGCCAAUAUGAGUCACAUCUCUUAAACAUCUCAGCAAUAACCAGUCAAGUCAUUUUACAUUAUGUUGUCAUAUAAAAUGAUGAUGAUUACUACCCACUUUGGACUAGAUAACCUGGUGUAUAUGUAAAUGUACAGUCUUUGGUUUGAGAAGUAGAAUUUGAAUGUAUCUGGGAGAUUCUGGUUUUGAUUUCAUUCAGACAAUAUCUAAUGUACAUCUUUUUUGGGAUUAAUAGAUUUAGGCCACCAUUGUCGUGAAUCAAAAAGCUGAUUUAUAGAGGUAUACUCUACUCCAAAACUUUAAUUAGGGCAUACCAUGAAGGAAUAUUGAGUGAUACAGUGUCCAAGUUAACACACAAGACAUUGUACCUAACAAACCACAAUGUCAUAUCACAAUUUCUGUUCCACAAAACUCUGUUGUGUUGCCAAGGUCCAACCACAAGUGCCCUUUCAGAGUGAGGAAGACAAAACACACACACACACACACAUACACACACACAUACACACACACACACACACACACACACACACACACACACACACACAUACACACACACAUACACAAACUCUGGUCAGAGUGAAACAUUUUUUUUUCUUCUGUCAAACCUGAAGCCUACCUGUGUGAGACUUCAAGAUGUUUUACUGCUGCUUGUGAGACAUUGUACAUUUCCAAUUAAUUAGUCAUUGAACAUAUUUUGAAAAGAGUAACCAUUGUUUAGACAACAACGGUAGUGUCACUUAUGUUGAGGUAGGUUUUGAAAGGUUUCGUUUAAAUGGAAAUGGUUGUGAACCCUUUUCAUGCCUAUGUUUGGAUAAUCCAUUCCUGGGGAGCUGCAUGUCCCCCUUGUUUUUUGUUUGUUUGUUUUGCUUUUUUUGUACACUGGUUAUAUUUUUGUAUGUAUUGUAUGCAUUCUAUAGCUAAUUUUCAUUUAGAAUACCAUUACAUUUAUGCAAUAUGUAUACAGUAUGACAAGUGAAAAUUGAUUUCAACUGAAUAUUGUUGGGUUUUUGAUUGUCUUGUGUGUUACAUUGUCUUUCCAAAUAUAAAAGAA